CGGCGUCUGGCGGCCGCGCUGCCGAUUGGCUGCAGCUGCGGAGGCGGGGCCGGCGGGGCCCGGGUGCCGCGUGGCGGGCGCGGUGCUGGGGAGCCGGGAGACCUGCGCGGGGUAACUGGCUGCCCCUGCGUAUCCGGUGCCAGCUGCUAGGGCUGUGGGCGGGGCCUGCGUCCAGCAUGAGCGUGGGCUUUAUCGGGGCGGGCCAGCUGGCCUUCGCCUUGGCCAAGGGCUUCACAGCAGCAGGCAUCCUGGCUGCCCACAAGAUAAUGGCCAGCUCCCCAGACAUGGACCUGGCCACAGUUUCCGCCCUCAGGAAGAUGGGCGUGAACCUGACGUCCCACAACAAGGAGACCGUGAGGCACAGUGACGUGCUCUUCCUGGCCGUGAAGCCGCACAUCAUCCCCUUCAUCCUGGAUGAGAUUGGCGCCGACGUUGAAGAUCGGCACAUCGUGGUGUCGUGCGCGGCUGGUGUUACCAUCAGCUCCAUCGAGAAGAAGCUGACGGCGUUCCGGCCAGCCCCUAAAGUCAUCCGCUGCAUGACCAAUACACCUGUCGUGGUGCGGGAGGGGGCCACCGUGUACGCCACGGGCACCCACGCCCAGGUGGAAGACGGCAGGCUCCUGGAGCAGCUCAUGAGUAGUGUGGGCUUCUGCACCGAGGUGGAGGAGGACCUAAUCGAUGCUGUCACGGGGCUCAGUGGCAGCGGCCCAGCCUACGUGAGGCCUGGGGAUGGGUGGCAGCUGGUGGCGGUGGGCAGUGCGGGGACCUCAGGGCACAUCCUCCCUACUCCUCCCUGCUCGGUUGCCGUGGGCAGAGCUGCUGGACCCACUGUCGCCUGGAGGAGAAGGAGGAAAGGCCUAGGGCGGAGGUUCAGGCGCCUUCUCCCUGCAGGCGUUCACAGCCCUGGAGGCCCUGGCCGACGGCGGCGUGAAGAUGGGGCUUCCGCGGCGCCUGGCCAUCCGCCUCGGGGCCCAGGCUCUGCUGGGAGCCUCCAAGAUGCUCCUGGACUCGGAAAAGCACCCUGGCCAGCUCAAGGACAACGUCUGCUCUCCCGGUGGGGCCACCAUCCAUGCCCUGCACGUGCUGGAGAGCGGGGGUUUCCGUUCGCUCCUCAUCAACGCCGUGGAGGCCUCCUGCACCCGCACACGGGAGCUGCAGUCCAUGGCUGACCAGGAGAAGGUCUCACCGGCCUCCAUCAAGAAGACCAUCUUGGACAAGGUGAAGCUGGAGUCUGCUCCAGGGUCCUCGCUGGCCCCUUCCGGCCACUCCAAGCUGCCGCCCCACAGCCUGGCCCCGGCAGGCAAGAGGAACUGAGGUGCCGGACAAGCCCGUGCUGCUCUCCCCUCCUCUUCCCUCCUGGGCCUGGAACCCUGAGGCUGUGUGUUCUUAGCCCCAGGCCUCAGUGUGUCACCGCAGGGGCCUGCCACCCACGACUCUGGUCAGCUCGGGGGUCAGCUGGGGUUGUCACCCGGGAUGGGGCACAUCACUUCCCAGUGGGAAUGUCCACAGUCACUGAGGGCUUCCUCCCCAGAACAGAGCUGGAUUCUCCGACCUCAGUCUACCUUUCCUUUGCCCCCACACCGGGUCAGAGUCACUUCCUCUGGAGCUCAGGAGGCCUGAGCUAACUCCCCAUGGUCAACUGGCUUGGGGCCUGGCCCCUUGCUGAGUACAAAGGUCAAGUCCCCCUCCCCCGCCCCGCACCCCCCGACUCCUGUGAAGGCCCAGCCAAGGAGAGAACUUCAUCCCACUCCUGUCCCUUCCCCGACCUCCACUUGGGGGGAUGCCUCGUCCUCCGUGUGAGAAGGACCAGAGGGUUCAGUCCAGGGAGCAGGACCACUGCCCCUUAUCUCCAUUUGGCAUUUCAGAAAAGGGCUCUUCGAUAGUCCCGACUGUUAAGGCCCCUGUCUCCCAUUCCUGACCCAACUUACAAGCCUGUCACUUCUCUCCUGACCUUUUAGGUUAAAUACAUUGGUUUCCAAGUCA